AUGUGUCAAAUAUCGUUGGGAAUCAAAUCUCCUUUUAUUGUGUUCCGUGUUGAGCAAGAAGUGCUCUCAAACAACAGUGUACUGCUUAAUCUGACUGAUAUAAGGAACAAACUGAAAUCGGUACAUAAUCUCGAUCAUUUUAUCCGGCCAAUUGACAGUAACAAUGAAAGGAAAAUCCCUAAAAAAGACCACAUUGUCUCCAACAAUCAAGGCGGAAGGCUAGCAAAUGGAGGUACUGUUUCAUCACCUGCUGCGCCACCAGUGUUUAGUGCUGAAAGUGCGUUUGGCGGAGGCAACAUAUCGAUAACCUUCCUCACAACAGUGGUUCCGUCGUUUGUAAACCAUUUUGAAAAAAGCAGUAGCGAUGGCGGAGGACAUGAAGCAAGCCCCAUAUUACCAAUAAAGGGCAAAUAUGCUUCGUCAAGCAAUAUAGGCUCUACGGACCACAUGAUUUCCGAUGACGAUGGAGAUGGUGGGAAAAAGGAACGAAAAUACAUUAUUCCUCUAGCGCUGAAAACCUCAACAAACGAAAAAGAAAAAACAUCAUCAGUUUUCCAUGGAUCAUCUACCAAUAUCGAUGACCUGAAGCGACACAUUUUGAUGUUGCAAAAUCUUACUCAAUCGGAUAAAAACUUUCAAAGCAAAUUUGUAGUGUUUCCUUCGCUGCAGAAAAACGGUACGAUUUCCUCUUCGAUGCAGCCGGUUUCGCGCCAGACGCCGGUGUUGUUGCCAUCGGUUACGUUGCCACCACGCCAAAUACCAGUGGCAUCCACUGCCACUGACUAUCGAAGUUUUGUUUCACCAAAUCGUGGACAAAACACAACGGGAGAAGCAUAUACCACAAAUAAUCGAUCGGCGCAGCGGACUCCGGGUUCCAUUCCGAUCAAUAUGCCAAAGAAAGUAUUUCCCGAUUCACACGACAUACUGUCCGACAGAAAGGAAGGAGAACUAGAGAUGUACAAAAUGGAAAAAAUCACAAUUGUGCCCCAAGUAUUUCUGCAAAAUGAUCAAACAAGUGAAACUGUCAGCGAUAAGCGGGAAAACAGAAACAUAUAUGCCAGCAGAGCUGUUGCUGAAAGCGGUAAGGUAUCGCCGACAUCGCAGAUUGGGAAUUCAGAAGAUUACUCAAGAAUUCGCGAAACGAAGGAAAGAACUGCUGUACGGAAGUUUGUACAUAAAUCAAUGGCAUCUGUUAAUGACAGAACCGAAAGCCAAGAAGGAACAGGAGGCGUUCGUGAUAGAACUGUAAACAGUAAAAUUGGUAUUACGACUCCACGCAUGAGUGUUAUUACGAGUAGAAGAAAAGAAACGCCAAUCAGUGCAGGAACAGUGGAGAUCGGCAAGCAACGGUGGGAUAUGAAUGGGCCACUAUUAAAUGGAUCAUCCUUAUUGAUAGAGGCCAACGCAACGAGUAAAGGAAAAAAGAAACAACGUAAAAACGGUCGCCGUCGAGGAGGAAAGCAAACCGUCAAAUUCAAUGAUGCAAAAGAAGUACCCAAAACGGUAAUAUUGAAUGAUGAUGCUUCAAUACUGGAUGAAAUCGGCGAACGUACUAGUAGUGACGUGCGCCGAAUAGAGUUGAGCGAAAAACCAAAGCCAGGACGAAUUGCCGGAAGCCGGAAAAGAGCUUCGUCCUCACGAGUGCGCCGCAACGAUAAUAAUAGGAGACAACAGUUAUUGAGUAAACAGCAGUACUAUGCGACAAUAGGAAGAGUGCAUCAAACGAGUAAAACUGAACGUCACGAUAGUCAAGCAAUGAUGGGUUCGAUGGAAUCCUUGGUCAGUACGAUCGACACGUUUACGGACGAGGAUUCCGUGGAUAUCUACAAUAGAAGUCAACAUAAUCGUAAUCGAACGUCACCUGGGGAUGGCAAUGAGAAAGAUAUUGUGGAUUUGAAUCCGAAUCUAUGCUACACGCUUAGUGCUCUGAGCGGCGGACAGCAGAAAUUAUGCGCCCAGCACACGAGUAUUAUGCCGGCUAUAAGUCGAGGAGCACGUGCGGCAAUACAGGAAUGUAAACACCAGUUCCGCAAUCGGAGAUGGAACUGCAGUAUCGUCAAUGACGAAUCUGUAUUUGGUCCUGUAUCAAACAUAGGAUCUCCAGAGAUGGCAUUCGUUUAUGCCAUGGCUGCAGCAGCAGCGUCCAGCUUUAUUGCACGAGCUUGUCGUGAUGGUCAAUUGGCUUCUUGUGGAUGCUCUCGAAGCAGUCGACCCUCAAAGCUAAAUGAAGACUGGACUUGGGGUGGUUGCGGUGAUGAUAUGGAAUAUGGCUACAAGUUCACACAAUCUUUCAUCGACAUCCGUGAGAAAGAAAAAAAACGUGGCACGCGUGGUUUGGUAUCAAUUCCUGCAAAGUAUCCAAAAAUAAUCGAACGUUUGCUGGAUGCACUCAACGAAACUACCAAAAACGGCGCAAUGUUAAACGAAACAGACACCAUUGUACGACCAGAGGACUUGGAAAAGUUGCAAGACAAAAUAGCGAAAGAGAUAGCCAACUCAAAUCUUAAUCCGAAGGAAAUCAGCGACCUACAGGAACGGAUUAACAAGGAAAUCACCAAUUCCGAGGUAUUCAACCUGAAAAACGUCAACAUUUAUGAUAAAUUGAAAAAGAUAUUCCGAAAACCCGAAAAAACGCUUAACGGUGUACAGUUUAGUGCGUCGGCUAAGGCACGAGCCCUGAUGAAUUUACAUAAUAAUGAAGCUGGUCGCAGGGCUGUAAUAAAAAAAUCGAGAAUCAUCUGCAAAUGUCAUGGAGUCUCGGGUUCAUGCAGCUUGAUAACUUGUUGGCAGCAGUUGACAUCGAUAAGAGAAAUCGGAGAUUUUCUUAGAGAAAAAUAUGACGAAGCAACGCAAGUCAAGGUUAACAAACGUGGACGUUUACAAGUCAAAGAUCCUCGUUUCAAAAUUCCAUCUGCCUUGGACCUUAUAUAUUUGGACGAAAGUCCUGACUGGUGUCGCGUUAAUAAACAGCUCAUGUGGCAAGGAACACACGGACGUGUGUGUAACAAGACAUCUUCUGGGUUGGAUGGAUGUUCUAUUCUUUGCUGCGGUAGAGGCUACAAUACAAAGAAAAUCAUUGUCAAAGAACGCUGCAAUUGCAAGUUUCAGUGGUGUUGUCAGGUGAAAUGCGAAAUAUGUACGAGAAGUAUCGAGGAAUACACGUGUAAAUAAUUAUAGAAAGGUGGAACAGGAAAACAAAUAUGGAAUGGAUAGAAUCAAAAUCCGUAAACCGAUAAUCAUCAACGCAGACCGAUUUCAUGAAAGUUU